CUGGGUUCUACAAGUGAGCGACUUCAGGGAGGGGGGCGUGUCUCCGUAAGGAGUGAGGGACGACGUUAGCAUUACAUAACCUGUCGUGCAUCAACGGCCCGGUUAGUAGUAGUGGACGGAGCAUUGGUGAUAUUAUUAAUUCUGUGAAUCAACAGACGAGGAGCGACUGAAUCUCGCCGAAGGGAAUUUAAGUCCGUGUUUCCGUAGGGAUCACUUUCACAGCGUAAAGAUGGCGGCCUCCUUUCUUCGCUUAGGUCGAGCUGGGUCUCUCAAGUGUCUGCAGUUGGAGACCUUGGGCACUUUGAGAAGAGCGCCUGCUGCCACACUCUGCACCAAGUCUGGAGGGCCAAAGAAACCUGACAAAAAGACAGGAAUAAAAAAGGCCAAGGUCAAAACCUUCUUUGAUAUAGAAAAGCUCGCCCAACACCAGAAGUAUGUGGAGUUUCCCAAGGACCAGUCAGCAGGCGCCAAAGUGGCAGCCGCAGCUGUAGCUGGCUCUGCCGCCAUUGAACCCUCUCCGCCAGCUGCUGAACCGGCUGCUGUUGCCACUGAAGCUCCUGCCGUAGCAGAGGCCAUCCUGACCGCUGAUACGGCUGCCCCAGUAGUCGACACCGCUCCGACCAUUGCCGAUCCCGCUGUAUCGAUUGCUGAAGCCGCCCCAGCUGAGGCAGCCCCAGAAGUUACCGCAGGAGUAGUUGCGGAAGUUGCCCCUGAAGUUGUUGCAGAAGUUAUCUCUGAAGCUACCCCAGAAGUUGCAACAGCAGCCCCGGAAGUUGUUGUCCCUGAAGCUGCUCCAGAAGUUGCUGCAACAGCCCCAGAAGUUUCUGCCACAGAAGUUGCCCCUGAAGCUGCUCCAGAAAUUGUUGCUGCAGCCCCAGAAUUUGCUGCAGAAGUUGCCUCUGAAGCAGCCCCAGAAACUGUUAAAGAAAUAACCCCUGAGGUUGCCGCGGAAGCCGCCCCUGAGGUUGCCGUGGAAGCCGCCCCUGAGGUUGCCGUGGAAGCCGCCCCUGAGGUUGUCGCGGAAGCCGCCCCUGAGGUUGCUGCGGAAGCCGCCCCUGAGGUUGUCGCGGAAGCCGCCCCUGAGGUUGUCACGGAAGCCGCCCCUGAGGUUGUUGCGGAAGCCGCCCCUGAGGUUGUCGCGGAAGCCGCCCCUGAGAUUGUCGCGGAAGCCGCCCCUGAGGUUGUCGCGGAAGCCGCCCCUGAAGUUGUCGCAGAAGCCGCCCCUGAGGUUGUCACGGAAGCCGCCCCUGAGGUUGUCGCGGAAGCCGCCCCUGAGGUUGUCGCGGAAGCCGCCCCUGAGGUUGUCGCGGAAGCCGCCCCUGAGGUUGUCGCGGAAGCCGCCCCUGAGGUUGUCGCGGAAGCCGCCCCUGAGGUUGUCGCGGAAGCCGCCCCUGAGGUUGCCGCGGAAGCCGCCCCUGAAGUUGCCGCGGAAGCCGCCCCUGAAGUUGCCGCGGAAGCCGCCCCUGAUGUUGCCGCGGAAGCCGCCCAAGAGGUUGUGCUCGAACCUUCCGUAGAUACUGUAGCAGCCCCAGAAGUUGCUGCAGAAGUAGCAGCUGAAGCCGCUCCUGCAGAAGCUGAGCCCGCUGCAGAAGUAACAGAAGCUGCUGCUGCUGCUGAAGCCGUAGCGGCAGCAGCUUCCGUGAGCUCCGAAGAGCUGGUUGAUGCAGCUCCUGUAGUAGCUGAAGCUGCAGGAGAGGAGCUUCCUACAGAGGUUCCUGCUGAAGCUGUGGAGUCGCCUGAGGCUCACCUGGAUCCAGUACAGAAGCUCUUCCUGGAUAAGAUCAGAGAGUAUGCAGCCAAGAGCAAAUCUUCUGGCGGUCUGGUUGAUGCAGGCGCCGAGUAUCAAAAGAAUUUGUCUGAGGAGAUGACCAAACUUCAGCGGCUGUAUGGUGGCGGUGACCUCACCAAGUUCCCAGAGUUCAAGUUCCCUGAGCCCAAAUUGGAUGAAGUGGCCCCUAAGUGAAGAUCGUCAAUGUCAAUGUUUAUGGCGUCUCCGUUUUUUCCCAUGUCAGUAGUGGUUCAGCGAAUCAUGUCUAAUAAAAUGGAAUUUGGGGGUACAGUG